AUGCUCUAUCCCUGCGCAACCGAAUCAGAGCUAGUCUCCCAUCUGGUGCGCUUCCAGCAAGGCGAAAAGGUCGUCAUUGCGUCGGCUUCUGCGAAGGGCAAGGGUACCAAGAAGAGACGGAACGGGAAGCCUAAACAGCAUCUCCUUCCCAGAGAACUCACCCUGCUUUGGCCAGCAGAGGUAAGAUGGUGGGGGGGGGGACUCGCGUGUUCCUCAGCCGGACCCUUUUCCGACCUUUCACUUUUGUUCGUAGGGGGGCGCCUAGUGGCAAUAGGAGUUGCUCUAAUAGGCUUAUUGGUCUAUAGGCCUCCUUUCUUAACCAAUAAAAGUUGUUCUGGGUCUUUUUUUGUUUUUUCUGCAUCCAUUUUGCCUACGUUUUAG